CACCGCUUCCCGCAUGUACGUGUGAGACGAGGAUCUUUCCCCUCGCUCUCCGCUCUCGUCGCACACUUGCUCGCGCGCACUCCGCUAACGUAUGAGUGUAUACGUGCAGCGGGAGCGAGCGAGAGAACCCGCGAAGCGAGAAAAGGACGAACUAGUCUGGUCGGACGUACAUGCGGGCGCGUUCUCGGCUACCUGGCUACAUAACCUCAAUCAAAAAAUCGCGCGUUCCGGUCUGUCACAAUGCGAUCGUCGCUCGCCUCCCGCGCUUUACUCGCCGUAUCGGUUUUUCCUCGUUCGCGUGACGAAAUCGCAACUUUCGCGAUCGGGUAUUAUUGCGCCGAGAUCAUGUCGAUCGUUUCGCGCAAGCGGCCGAUUAUUGUCCCUCUCUCGAUGAGCUUCCGUUUUAAAUUCCGCUUUACAGAAUUUGCAUAAUUUUUGUUUUCCGAAACGAAGCGAGCAAUUUUUUUCUCGUUCCGCUUCGAUCAUAUCAAGCUGUGACGUAGAAAUUUCUACCAGACGGUAAUCUCUUCGGAUUUCCCGGAUGAAGACAGCCAUGUUGUCCAAGUCUUUCGUUUCGUCGACCGGAUUUUGCAUUUCGGUGGAAUCACGUGGGUCGCGGACUACCUGCUCUAAGCACGCAAAGUUCGCGACAUGCGAGUCGUUCUGGAAGUUAUCUCGGCACUGGAAAGGACGACAAUCACUAAAGAAUUAUUGGAGUCCACAAGACUCGGAAAACACAUUAAUGAGCUUCGUCGAAAGACGAGAAAUGAAGCCCUGGCCAAGCGUGCGAAGGAUUUGGUACGCCGCUGGCGAGACAUGGUUUUACCAUCAGUCCAUUCUACGCCACAGCCCACCGUGGCUGAUACUGCACCACCGGCUCUCAACGGGGCGAAAGAAAUGGCCCUGAGAAAUUUAAAGCCACAAAGUCCAGCACUACGUGGACUGAAUCCUCACAGUCCUCUGUCCUUAAAAGAUCCCAUACCUCUCAGAGUACUCAGCCCGGCGCUAUCCUUGCACAGCGACCAUUCGCGAUCUCCUAAUGCAUCUUCGAACAGCAAGCAGUCAAUUAUAUCGACCAAUAACCACAAAAUAAGUUCCUCCUCGAGGAACGCAUCUCCGGUGCUCAGUUCCUCGAGUCAGAAUCACACAACAGAGGCGGUGCCACGUACACACAGUUCCAAUAAGAGGUUACGAAAAGAAGAGAUCAGCAAGGAUCACUAUCGGUCACUGUACGCAGUCGAGUUGACGACGGAGGACGGCAGCCUCGUCAAAAGGCAGCGGCUCAACGGCGAGAACAUAAGCGGUAAUUUAAAUUUGCAAGUGCCUAGCCCUACAUUGAAAGAACGAAUCUCUUCCGAUCGUUUCGCGGAAAACUCCCACGAGGCCAUGGACGAAGACACUGGCCCAAAAAAACGCGGCCGCAAGAAAGGUAGCAAGUUACCAAAGCGAUCGUCGUUGCUUGAGGAUAGUGUCAAAGAGAAACUGGCCAGUAUCUCGAGAAAUCCAAAACUGAAGACCACGCAGGAGCUACUGGCCGAUCUUCAGUCUCGUGGCAGUACUGCUGAUUGUAUUACCAUCGGCGAUGAGAGUACUCUACCUAGUCAAAGCGUCGCGGAACCACCCCGAAUGGAGGACGUUCUGCGGGGCAGUAGCAGUGAUCAGGUGUCCAAGUAUUUGUCCUGCUCAAAUCAGAAUUCUCAGAAUCUUCACAAGAUCUCGUCCGAGUCGUCCGGCAGUGGCAAGACAUCUCGAUCGAGGGAAAACUGUCGAGAACCCUCACCCGAGUCUUGCGAGGACAGGCUGCGCGAGAGCAACCGCUCUCAGACAGAUACCGGCGAGUCGUCGACGUGUCGAUCACCUUCGCGUCGAGAUCUCACGGUCGAGGAGAUACUUGCGAAGUUACCACCUUUGGAUCCCAGCUCGAUAGACUGGGGCGAGGACGAGGCGGCGCAGAACUAUGCCGCGUGUCCGACGCCACCACCCCGGGAAGUCACCGUCGAGGAUCUCGAGAGGUUACACACACAGUGCGUGGAAGGACUUAACGGGAACUGGCAGCCUAGGCUUGUCGCAUGUUCCGACAGUGAUGACAAGCGAUCAUCGAAUGCCAGAAGCGAGGAGGACCGUGUGUCGUUUGGAUUGUCGUCGGACGUUGUAAAAAGUGUGCAUAACAACCAACAAACUGCUGACGAUAUGGAAUUUCGUGAGUGGCAUCAGAUGUUAGCCAGGCCCAGUUACCAGGGCGAUAUCCUCCACAUAAUGCCUUAUGUUAUUAUCGAUUAGUGAUUUUAUUAUCUUAUUUUAAUUAUCUCUUCCCUUUUGAAAAAGAAAAUUCUUUGUGAAAAAAACUCUUUAGGUAUUAAAAAGAACUGAGUCCCAAUCGGCAUCGGAUCGGUUAAUUAGAUUUAUUAAAAAUUGAGGGAAUUUUUGUUGCGUUUCCUGAUUGCUCUUUCAUUUUGUUCAACGCCAAAACGCAUCGCAUUGUCUUUGUCUCAUCAUUAUCAUCAUUAUCAUCAUCAUCAUCGUCAUCAUCAUCUAUGUCAUUAUCCACUAUCAUCAUCAUUAUCAUCAUCGUCAUCAUCAUUCCUGUUAUCAUUACAGUUUGUAUUUCACUAAUCAUACACACGUGCGAGUGCGUGGCCAUCAUCCGUGUCUAUCUAUUGUCAUCAGUCGUUAUCGAUAUCGUUACUUUCCCCUUCUCCCUCAUACAUGUAUAUAUUAUUAUUAUAUUAAUUGUAAUUAAUAUAAUAAUAUUUUUAUUAAUUAUUGUUGCGUAUUAGUAAUAUUAUGUCGAUUAUUAUUCCCGCUUCUCUAUUUCCCCUUUUCCCCUCUUAUUCUCACUAUUAUUCACGUAAAACUAUUGUUAUUAUUAUACUCUCACCGUCGUUAUUAUCGUCGUCGUUAUCAUCUCGUCAUUGUCAUUUGUGUCCAUCGUCUCGUUAAGUUAACGAUAAAAAGAAACAAAAAAAAUCAAUCAAGUGGCCACUAUACGAGAAAUGAAUCAGUUGAAUUACAAACAUCGCGGAAGUAGAACGAAAAAAAAAAGAAAACGCUCGCGUGAAUUGAAUUUGUUGCACGCGGCGGUUGAGUUUGUUACUUGUGAAAAAAAUGUAGAUACGAAGAAAGAAAGAAAAAAAAAAAAAAAACUAGCGUGUGUUGAUGUACCGCGAGAUAUGACACAGGCGCUGCAUUAUUUUUACACGACAUUGAAACAGCUGUCUCUCCACGGUGUUCGGCUUCUCAUUUUCGAGUGUUCAACAAAAAACGCACGGCAAUUCCUCUCUCGAGUAUUGAAUAUAUGCGAUGCUUUUGUUUCGAGAGAAAAAGUUGACGAUGAUCGCGAAGUAGACGCGCGCGUCCCAUGCGCGAAGAGAACUUUUUUUUUUUUUUUUUUUUUUUAUCACAUAUCGUGCGAUUGAUUCUAAAUUUUAUCAAGAAGAAAAGUGAAAGUGAGAGAGAGAGAGAGAGAGAGAAAAAAUAGCAAAUGCGAAUAUUAAUCUUAAAAACUUGUGGACAAAUGUAUGAAUGAUACGCACUAGACGAAUGCGUAGAUAAGAUUUUUAGGAAUUGCCGCAAACUUAUAAUAAAAAUAAUAAUAAUAAUAAAGUCUUUUUGUUGAUCAGGAGGUAUUUCACAAGACUGUACAGGGACUCUGUCGCGCAAAUGUAGAGAGCGAACGCGAAUUUUUUCGAAGCUAUCAAUAAGUUAGGUACACCGGUGCCUUAAUUGAACAAAAGGAUAUUUUUGUCUAAACGUCAUAGAGAUUUUCUACUUAAAUGUUUUCUUUCAUUUAUUAUUGUGUAACACAUGAUUUGCGGCGGAUGGGAAUAAUACCAAAAAGAAAUAAAAAAGAUACCAAUUUGUUAUUUAUACGACCAAAAAUCGCGUGACAAUCGCGGUGCACAAUUGUUUCAGUCUAGAUGCAAUAUAUCAAAACCAAAAAAAAAAAAAAAGAAAGAGAGUUUUGCCGAGAUAUUAUCGAUUUUUAAACAAAUUAUUAUUACGCAGGGUGUGUUCAAGAAGUCGCAAAGCUGAAGUGAAUAAAAUAAAUUCCGAACAAAAAAAAAAAAGAAAAAACGAAAACAAUACGUGUGUGUGUCUGGCUUGUCUCCCUUAUCGACGAUAUAUAUCCUUGUUUAAAUUUAAUUAAUUGUUAAGACAUCUAGUCCAAAUGAAUCGAGACGCAUGAUAAUGAUUGUUCUGUAGAUUUGCGUUCAAUACAUUUGUUGAAUCUAUAUCUAUCUGCUUUGUAGCCGAAAAAAAACGAUAAAUUUGUUUAAUUGUGUUAUCUCUUCCGUUUCCUCGUCAUCCCACGGGAAUUUCGCUGAGUCUCUUUCCUAGGAUUAAAAAUCGGAAUCGCCUGAAGAUCUACUUGUUGCUUAUGGAGAAUGUUUCAAUUGUAUGCGCAAUAUAGGGAGACUUACAAAUCGGAUAUUGUUAUUUAAAAAAAAAAAAAAAGAA